UUCUUUUUCUCUAAAAAGGCCGAAACAUAUUUGCACUUUUUUUUUUUAAAUAAAAAGCAAUUUAGUUAAUAACAAAUUAGAAUGCGCUCGCGCACCAGAAGUCGCAGUCCACAAAGACGUCGUGAAAGGCGUGAGGAACGCUCUCGCUCCGACAGAAAUGUGAGCAACAAGCCGGUGCGCCGCCGGUCGCCCUGUCGCAGGAACAGUUCCGUUUCCCAGGCACGCUCCCGCUCAGACAGACGAGUGAGCAACAAGCAGGAUCGCCGCCCCUCGCCACCUCGCUCUAAGGAGAGGGACAGACUUCGUCGCAAUUCACGCUCGCCCCAUUCAGGUAGAAAAAAUGAACGCAAGCGACGCCGCUCCCAGCAGAAAGUAUCAGCACCACGACGUCGUCGCUCCCGCUCCCGUUCUCUAUCAUCGAGUGAGACCAGCAGUGAGGGGAGCAGCAGUGACCCCAGGUCCAACAGUGCCAGGGUACCGAAACUACCGCCCAAGGCUGUGGAUCGCUGGCCCAAUGACCGCUUCAGGGAAUAUAAUGAAAAGAGCAAAAAUCCCUUCAAAGGUUGGAUUUCUGGAGGCAAAAGCUUCAUGGACGAUCCAGCGGAGCCAUCUACCCGAUCAUCAAACUACAAAGGCCGUGGAGGCGGUGCGCCUUCCUAUUCUGACACCAGAGCUGGCGAUGCUCGUCGCGAACAACGUGUACGCAUUGGCGAGGAGGGCGUACUAGAGGUUUGGAGCAAGAGCCCUACACGGGCUGAGCUAGACGAUGUGAAACUUGUGAAGGGCUCCUACGUGGGUCCGAAGAAAAAGAAGAAGAAGAAGGGAAAGGGCAAAAAAAAGGAUAAGAAGUCAAAGAAGAAAUCCAAAAAGUCAAAGAAGAGAAAGAGCAAGAAAGAUUCGAGUUCCUCAGAAACAUCUUCAUCGGCGUCCAGCUCUGGGAGCAGCGAUUCCAGCGAUGAUAGCUCCUCCAGCGACAGCUCAAGCUCUGAGGGCGAGGACGGGGACGAGUGGCUGGAGAAGACGGCCGAGGGCACUAAAAAACCAAAAAAGAAGUCUUCUGCCUCAAAAAAAGACAAGAAAAACAAAAGGAAGAAGCGCAAGUCUGACAAGGCUGCAAAGUCCAAAAAGUCAUCGUCCGGCGGAAGCAAAUCACGGUCCAAGGAUGGAGGCAACAACGACGAGGAUGUGGGCCCAUCACUGCGCCCUUCUGGCAGCUUGAACCAAAAGGAUUUCGGACGCGCACUGCUGCCAGGAGAAGGAGCCGCCAUGGCUGCCUACAUAGCCGAUGGCAAGCGCAUUCCGCGUCGUGGUGAAAUCGGCCUCACAUCCGAUGAGAUCGCCAACUUCGAAUCCGUGGGCUACGUGAUGAGCGGCAGUCGGCACCGCCGCAUGGAGGCUGUGCGUAUCCGCAAGGAGAAUCAGCUGUACUCCGCGGACGAGAAGCGGGCCCUGGCCAUGUUCAGCAAGGAGGAGCGUCAGAAGCGGGAGAACAAGAUACUGUCCCAGUUCAAGGACAUGAUUCACUCAAAGCUCCAGGCCAAGGACAAAAAGUAGACGUACAGCAAAUAUGAAACCAAGGAACAGACGGAAGUUGUAAAAAGAACAAAAACAGAUUUUCGUGUAAAAAUAAUGUAACAUUUAAAAAUAAAACACCCUGUUCCAUCCGCCGAAACUUUGGUAUUUUGUAUUUUGCUAUCGUAUGGUCACACUGCCGUAUUGCCGAAAACGUGGGGUUAAAAAACUCAGCAAAAAAGUGUCCUAAUUUAAUUGAUUUCUAAUAAAAUUACAUAAUUACAUGGUUAAACGGCAUUAGUUAAUUAGCAACCAUCGACCUUCAUCUGGAAAAGCGACAAUUUGUGGGAAAAGUAGCAUUUUGUACAUGCUAAACGCGGCAAAGUAGAAGUGCCCCUCGAAGUGCAAGCGAGAUAGCAACACACACGAAGCGCAGAGCAAAACAAAGUCCGCUAACCGGCAGAUAAGAAGAAUAUGGUUGUGUGUUGGCAAGAAGCAGAGGGCGAGAGUGAGAGUAAAUGAAUGAUAAGCCUCCAACGACAAUUGAAGCAGCCCACACACCCACACACAGACAAGCCCUUAUAUAAAUAACACACACACACUCUACUUGCGGCGCUUAAUCAAUUAGCUGGACACUGGCCGAGGAGGCUCCGUAGUUCAUUUCUGUUUCGACCGUCGACAGUUGCGUGCGUAGAUAGUGUUUGCCGUCGGCUGCGG